GCCGCCCCGCUGCCUCCCCCAGCAACAAGUCGGGUAAGUGCGGCGACCUUGCGGGCGGCCGAGGCCCGCGCCGAGCCGGGGCCCGGCUCCGCUCCGCUCCAGCAAGGCUCGGGCGGCGGCCGAGGCGAGCGGAGCCGGUGCGGCCGUGCGGUUGGAAUACCGUACCGGGUGGGCGCGUCGCCGGGCGCCAGGCGGAGAUGGCGCGGUACCCCUGAGGAAUCGUCGGGAAAGUUUCCCAAGUUUCCCGUGGGGCGCGGACACGGGCUCUUCUCUCCCGGCGAGGAAUGCAACAGACAGCCCGGGAUGAAGGCGGGCACCCCUGGCCGGAGCCGCUUGGCAGCGUCAGCCUCCCCUUCCGCUGCCCGCGAUGCGGCGAUCACACCAGGUUCCGGAGCCUCUCCUCGCUACGGGUGCACCUGGAGUACAGCCACAGCUUCCAGGAGAGCAGCCUCCUGGCCAGGAGCAGCCUGUUCUCCCCGCUGAAGGACACGGAGCUGGUGCUUCCGCCGGAGCCCCCAGCCCAGGGCAGCCCGGAGAGCCCCGGCGACUCUGCCGCGCAGCCCGCGGGGCCCUACCUGAACUUGGGCGGUGCGUCCUACGGGAGCGGGAAGGGCGAGCUGCCGCGGGAGCUGGGAGCGGAACGGCCCGGCUCCUACCUGGCCAGCUAUGUGUCGGCUGAGUCUCCCAGCAAGGUUUCCAAACCCGGCCUCCCGGCCACUGAUUCCAAAGCCUCCUUCGAGGCACAUGUCAGAGAAAAGUUUAACAGGAUGGUAGAGGCCGUGGACAAAACGAUCGAGAGGCGGAUCGACAAGCUUACCAAAGAGCUGUCCCAGAAGACGGCGGAGCUGCUGGAGGUGCGGGCAGCGUUCGUGCAGUUGUCCCAGAAGAAGCAGGAGGUGCAGCGGCGAGAGCGGGCCCUGAGCAGGCAGGUGGAUGUGGCAGUGGAGAUGAUCGCAGCCUUGAAGCAGCGACUGAGCGAGUCCGAGGAGGAGCUUCACCGGAAAGAGGUAGAAGUUGUUACUUUCAACCACUUCCUGGAAGAAGCAGCAGAAAAAGAAGUGCGGGGGAAAGCCAGGCUCCAGCACUUCAUUGAAAACUUGUUGCAGCGUGUGGAUCUGGCAGAAAGGCAGCUAGAAUAUUACCAAAACCAGCAGAUGGUGUGCAACUACACCAAUGUCAGCGAUAAUGUGGUAAGCCAGCCGAGUCCUACCCUUUACUGUCACCCUCCCCCUGGAGCCAAAGUACUGGAGUUUGAAUACAGUUUACAGACAUUUCAUUAAAUAAGAAACCCAGAUGCCUGAGCCAAGGAAGCCAACAUGCUUCAUAUAAUAUCCCUGAUGCAAAGCCACAUUCCUUUCAAAAAGGAAGGAUCUUGUUGAAAAAAACAAAGGACGAAAAAGCCAGCUUGCAGCCCGUGAAAUGCUUCUAUGAAUCUGUUGAUUGCCCAAGAGAAAUAUGGAGAGCACAGAAGAAGGGUGAAUCAGUCUGCUGUGCCAGGAAAACAAGUGCAAAAUCAAAAAUAGGUAAAAAGGCCAAACCGCUAUAGGAACGGUGAGCAAUAUACAGCAACAUAGGAACUUGGCUUCAACACAGCAAAUAUUGAAUGAAGUUAGUCAUCCUGCUUUUUCCUAUCCAUCUAACCAUGCCAAAACACAUCAGAUAUAAUAUACAGAAAUAUAUACACAUGGAAGUUUUAUAUUAUUUAGUUGCACCUCUUCGGGCACUAUAAAAAAAGUGACAUUUUAUUCAGUUGAUAUGGAGGUUUUCCUAUUCCUUUAUGUAUUUAUUCAUUUAUUAACUCACUUAUAGAGCUUACUUCAAAUGACUGCAGUUAUCUUGCUGGGCAGUACUGUGGCUGUGUGUUUAAUUGUUUUAGUGGCAACAUGUGGUCUGGUAAUUUAUUUUCCAUUUGUGUUACUCCUGAAGUUCAGAGGAAUCCAUUUAAUUGGCACCUAAAUAUUCAAUCUUUCAGCAUAGGUAGGUGUAAGAUCAGUGUAUAAAAGACCUACUUAGAGGCAAAAGACCUACUCAAAGUUGUAGGAGUCGUUGAAGGCUGUUUACAGCAGUAGAUUGCUACCCUGAGUUUUUGGCUAUAAGUACAUUUCCAUCUUUUAUUGAAUACAUUAAACUACUUGAUUCUGCCAGCAGCCACAUUGUCUGCUGGUAUAAGUUUGGGCUCCUUUGAGGUGUCCCUUAGCAAGGAGACCAAAAGCUGCCCUGACAAGCACAAGCCAAAUUGGGCCAGAGGAGGAAUGUCAGUGCCAAGUGCCAGCAGCAGGUUAUCUGCAGUGGUACAGCAAGUGACAGGCUAAAGCAGUGUGUUACUGCAUGGCAUUGUGUUCAAUGUCUUUGCUUGGUCUCAGGCAUUAGAGGCCCAAAUAACCAUGAUUAUAACCCACAUCCUUCACAUUUUUAUCUCUGAAAAUUCUUUAGAGGGCUGACAGAUUACUGACUUUGAACCCAAGUACAAGGCAGUUAAAGAUGACUGCAGAGCAGGAAUGUAUGUGUUUACACUGGUUUGUGCCAAUUAAAAGGAUCCUUAUUUAUCAGAGAAUCUAUUUAUCAAGAUGAUUUUUUAAGUGUACAGUUUUUUGGUAACAUGAAUCCUCAUGUCAUGUUUACAGUUACAAACAUCCUGAUGAUUUAACUGAUGAGAUCUGUUUUCUCAAGAAGUAGAAAAGAUAGGUGAGACAGGUCUAUGUGAUUUAUUUUUGAAACACUCAUAACAGAUGUAAAUUGUUUAUGUGGAAGGUGAUUUUUACAGUAUGUGUACAAGGAUUUGUGAAAAAUGUUUUUUGUUUUUUAUAAUUAUGUCUGUAAGCAGAACUGAGUAUUAAAAGACAAUGUAUCACUAUGAUUACUGCUGCAAUUAGCACCCGAGUUGCAAUAUUUUUAAAGCAGAAGUUGACCAAUCAGUUAGCUAGGAUCAGGUAACUAGAGAUAUAGAACAUUUGUCAGUGUACAGAGCUCCCAGAAAGUAGCAGAGAGAAGAAAGAGUAUUAUUCCUCACUUUUAUUUUAAAUAGUGUGUAUGGAACAAUCAGAUACACUGUUUCAGUAGCAAGUCACAGUGUAAAACCAAUUCAGGUAUUUAGGUUGUAAUGAUAUUUCAAUAUUUAUUUAACUAUGUCACAAGGCCACACUUGGCCUUAUGCUAGGCAUUGUGUGUGGUGAAAAGGAGUUGUUCAUUGUAUUGCAUGGGCUUGGGUCAGAUUGUGUGUUACAACCUUUAUAGGAAAGCUAAGAUUGAAGCAUUCUUGAGCUUUUUCUAUUUCUUCCCACAUGCUUCCAUGAAACUGAAAAAAGGAUCUUUUCUGAAGAUAAUAAAGGUGAACAUUAGAAAGAUAAUAAAAUAAAAUAUAUUAAUUUGUUUCUUUAGCCACUUGACACUGGGAGAAUAUUUUUAUUUUUAAAUGCCUAUCUAUUCUGUUAGUCACCAAAGUUAAGUGCAACUACUAGUUCACAAAUGAGAUGUUUAUUUUAUCAUUUAUCAUGCCAACAUCUUGACUGUAAGUUGUCCUUUUGGGGGGGAGGAAGAGGAAAAGAGUAAGAGAAGUUGCAUGUUUUUAAAUUUUUCAAAGCUUAAUUUACCCUUACUUGCUAAACAAAUGCCAGUUCAGUAAUUAGAAAGAAAUUGGAUUGUACUGUAAAAGCUUUUAGAAUAGAAACAUUCUAAUAAUAAAUAUAUAUUUCUCAGUUA